CCCGCCGCCCCCUCCGCCGCCGCUGAGCCUGCAGAAAGCGCUGCAGCAGUGCGAGCUCGUCCAGAACAUGAUCGACAUCAGCAUCUCCAACCUGGAGGGGCUGCGCACCAAAUGCGCCACGUCCAACGACCUCACGCAGAAGGAGAUCCGCACCUUGGAGAGCAAACUGGUGAAGUACUUCAGCCGCCAGCUCUCGUGCAAGAGGAAAGUGGCUCUCCAGGAACGCAAUGCCAAGCUCGAGGGCUUCCCGCAGCUCCUGCACUGGUUCCGCAUCGUCAACGUCCGCAAGGAGGUCAUGGAGGAAAUCACUCCUGGCCAGUUGAACCUGGAGGACCUUCUGGAGAUGACGGACGAGCAGGUCUGCAUGACGGUGAAGAAGUUUGGGGCCAACCAGGAAGAAUGCGCAAGGCUCAACGCCUCCCUCUCCUGCCUCCGGAGCGUCCAUAAAUCAGGUGGUAGCCUUUCCAAGCAAGACUGGACGAUCCAGUGGCCGGCAACGACUGAGACGGGCAAGGAGAACAACCCCGUGUGCCAAUCGGAAUCCAUGCAGUGGAUUCGAACCCACCUCUCUCCGAGCCCCAAAGCUCAGUCCAAAUGCACCCAGCACUACUGCCACUCGACCUUGCCGCAUGGACCGGUGUAUGCCCAUGUGGAUAGGCUGACCGUGGAAGGCUUCCCAGGGCUGUGCCCACCACUGGAGUCCGGCCACCGCUCCUUGCCCCCUUCCCCGCGGCAGCGGCAUGCUGCACAUACUCCGCCACGCACCCCUAACAUCGUCACCACCAUGACGCCACCAGGCACACCGCCGGUCAGGAGGAGGAACAAGGUGAAGCCCCCGGGAACGCCACCCCCAUCCUCCCGGAAACUCAUCCACCUUUUCCCAGGCUUCACCACCUUGCACCGCAGCAAGUCCCAUGAAUUCCAGCUGGGCAAUCGAGUGGAUGAGGCUCACACACCCAAAGUGAAGAAAAAGAACAAGCCGUUGAACCUCAAGAUCCACAACAGCGUCGGGAGCUGUGAGAAUAUCCCCGCCCAGCGCUCCCCGCUUCUCUCAGAACGCUCCCUACGGUCUUUCUUCGUUGGACACCCGCCUUUCCUCCCUUCCACCCCUCCUGUCCACACGGAUGGCACCUUCUCCACUAAUACACUCUCAGUACCUCGCUGGUCCCCGCAAAUUCCUCGACGGGAUCUUGGAAACUCAAUUAAACACAGGUUUUCCACCAAGUAUUGGAUGUCUCAGACAUGCACUGUCUGUGGGAAAGGAAUGUUGUUUGGACUGAAAUGUAAAAACUGCAAGCUAAAGUGCCACAACAAAUGUACCAAAGAGGCCCCGCCAUGUCACCUGCUGAUCAUCCACCGUGGAGCAAGGUUAGUCCGGACAGAAUCUGUGCCAUGUGAUAUUAACAACCCAUUGAGGAAGCCCCCCAGAUACUCGGACCUGCAUGUCAGCCAGACGCUUCCCAAAACCAACAAAAUCAACAAGGACCACAUUCCGGUGCCCUACCAGCCUGAUUCCAGCAGCAACCCCUCCUCGACGACGUCAUCCACGCCCUCCUCACCAGCUCCGCCUCUGCCGCCCAGUGCUACACCGCCCUCUCCCCUGCACCCCUCCCCACAGUGCACGCGGCAGCAGAAGCAGUUCAACUUGCCAGCUUCUCAUUACUACAAAUACAAGCAGCAAUUCAUCUUCCCAGAUGUGCCCGAGACGCCCACCCGAGCGCCCCAAGUCAUCCUCCAUCCAGUGAAUGCUAACCCAAUCCUGGAAGGAAACCCAUUACUUCAAAUUGAAGUGGAACCAACCUCUGAGAAUGAACAGGGAAAUGAUGAAGAAUCAGAGGACGAUUUUGAGGAGAUGAACCUCUCUCUCCUCUCUGCCCGCAACUUCCCUCGCAAGGCCAGCCAGACCAGCAUCUUCCUCCAGGAGUGGGACAUCCCCUUUGAGCAGCUGGAGAUUGGCGAGCUGAUUGGAAAGGGCCGCUUCGGGCAGGUCUUUCACGGCCGCUGGCAUGGCGAGGUGGCCAUCCGCCUGAUCGACAUUGAGCGCGAUAACGAGGACCAGCUGAAAGCCUUCAAGAGGGAAGUGAUGGCAUAUAGGCAGACGCGGCAUGAGAACGUGGUGCUGUUCAUGGGGGCUUGCAUGAACCCUCCCCACCUGGCUAUCAUCACCAGCUUGUGCAAAGGACGGACGCUCUACUCGGUGGUGAGAGAUGCCAAGAUCGUCCUGGAUGUCAACAAAACGAGGCAGAUUGCUCAAGAGAUUGUCAAGGGAAUGGGCUAUCUCCACGCCAAAGGCAUCCUCCACAAGGACCUCAAGUCUAAAAACGUUUUCUAUGACAACGGGAAGGUGGUGAUCACAGACUUUGGCCUCUUCAGCAUCUCAGGGGUUCUGCAAGCAGGCAGGAGAGAAAACAAACUGCGGAUCCAGAACGGCUGGUUAUGCCAUUUAGCUCCGGAGAUCAUCCACCAGCUCUCACCUGACACAGAAGAAGACAAGCUUCCUUUCUCCAAGCACUCGGAUGUCUUUGCCCUUGGCACCAUCUGGUAUGAACUGCAUGCUCGGGAAUGGCCAUUCAAGACGCAGCCUGCCGAGGCCAUAAUUUGGCAAGUUGGCCGAGGGAUGAAGCCAAAUCUCAGCCAGAUUGGCAUGGGCAAGGAGAUCUCAGACAUCCUUCUCUUUUGCUGGGCCUUUGAGCAAGAGGAACGGCCGACCUUCACCAAGCUGAUGGAGAUGCUGGAGAAAUUGCCAAAGCGGAACCGUCGCCUUUCUCACCCCGGACACUUCUGGAAGUCAGCAGAGCUGUGAUGGAUGGCUCAAAAUGACGGUGCCUUUCGUACGCUUUUCUUCCUCUCGUCGACCACCACCACCACCUCCUCCUCCUCUUCUCCUUGUUCUGCGAGGAGGCCGGAGCAGGGAAGCGAAGCUUGGGAGCGCUCCUGAGGACAAGGAGACACGCACUUGCUCUGGUCUCUGGAAGGGGGAGCGCCUCCUGGCUAGCCGGAGGAGCACCACGCUCUGCUGGGGGGUCCAGAAGGAUCCCAUGAGCGGGUGAAAAUCAGGUUCGAUGCCAGAUAGCCCCUGCCAGGCAAGCAGCAGAGGGGGGUGCCCUCUGCUCGCCCUCAGGGUGCGAAAGACGUUGGAGGGCCAGUUGGCGGCAGGUGGUCUUUGAAACCCUCCCCAGCAGUGAUUCUUGCUUAAGUGGGGGCAACAAACUUCAUCAGACACUCAAAGGUUCUUAGGACCUCGCCAGCACCCUCUGAAACCAACGGAGGAGAGGGAUAGAAACAGUGUGUGUAAUAUUUUGUUUUUGUUUCAUUUUAUCCUGUUUCAUUGCACCUAGUGGUGGAAGUGAGGUUUUCAGCUGUUUCCCAACAUAGGGGUGUGUGGUGUGUGUGUGUGGUUUAUUUGGGGAAAGAGGCCUUGUCUCUAGAACCUUUCAAUAACUCCUAAAGCCUCAGGCCCCCGGAGAUCUAAUGUGGCCCUCUGAGCCUCUCUCCUUGGCCCUUGGAACUCUGCCCAGACCACGCCUCCAAGGCCACACCCCUCUCUGCCCCCUGCUGUGCCCCCAUUGGUUAAUUUUCCCUAGCUGGAAUGUGUCCUUGAACGGUGAUAAUACCUCUCCCUUGCCUGGAUAGAAAGUUGGGGGUGCACAUGGACUUUUGGUCACACCCACCACUGGUAUGUGGCCCUCAAAAGGCUGUGCACAGGGGAAUGUGGCCCUCAAGCUGAGAAAGGUUCCAUCCAUGCCAUCAGUGAUGGUAUAUUUAUUGUUUCAGCCCUACUUCACUGUCUCUGUUGCUUCUUCUCUCUCUCUCUCUCGCAGUGGCGUAGCGUGGGGGGUGCAGGGGGGCCGGCCGCACCGGGCGCAACAUCUGGGGGU